AUGAGAACUAACACUCAUGGAGGACGCCGGACCGCGGAGUGCCACCAGCCGAUACGGCGAUCAUUCAAGUAUUGGAAAUUAUCAAAGGCACUCAGUAAGCUUUCGUUCUGUUCUGCCAACGUGAUUCUCUCUCACCAUCCCACUCUCAGAGCGCCAAUCGUUGUUCACUGCUCGGCCGGAGUUGGCAGGACCGGCUCAAUGGUUCUUAUCCAGUACAUCCUGGAAUCCAUCUCUUUGGGAGGACCCUUCGAAGAAACUGAUAAGACUUCUGAAAUAAGAUCUUCAAUCGAGCAACACAAUUUCAGUGAGUUUAUGACUGAUCAGCAGUACUUGUUCGUCCACAUGGUCCUACUCAACUACUUUGUUGAAAAUCAACUGCUAGACCCCAGAUGGAAGCCAUUCCUCGACCGGUUCACGAGAGAGCAUACAACAAGAAUGUCUUCUGAAUUCAGAUUUCUCUAG